CUCAAUAUCGAGGUAAUAUCUCUUUUUGUAUAUCAAAAUGAGAAACGCCGCUGCGAUACUUAUAAUUUUUCUCGUACGAUGCGUGUACUUAAGUACUAUAAAUGAAUUAAACAUUGUGGACAAUGUUGGACAAACUGCAUUAAAUGAGUCUUGCAUUCUUGGCGUUAAAUCUGUGUCGAUGGUUUUAUUCAAUAGUGAUAAUCUUAAGGGCAAAAAUAUCGGAGAAGAAGAAAGUUGUAGCAAUAUUGAUCCUUCGAAACCGAUUGUUUUUUUGAUCCAUGGUUUUUCCGGCUCUGCAAAUAUGACUCAAAAUUAUGAUUUGGCCUCGCAAUUCGUAAAGAAAAACUAUACAGUAUUUUCACUGGAUUGGUCUGAUGGGGCAUGCACGAAUGCCAUACCCUUAGUAAAGCUGCUGGAAUAUCCUUUCGCAGUGAGAAACACUCGUGAAGUAGGAGAACUUACGGCAAAAUACAUUAUAACGCUGAAGACGAAAUGCGAAAUUCCGCUGGAUAAUAUAAUGUGUGUCGGUCAUAGUCUCGGGGCGCAUAUAUGUGGCUUUGCUGGGAAGAAAGUCCAAGAGUCGGUUAACGACAAAAUUUCAUGUAUAAUCGGCGCCGAUCCCGCGGGACCGGCGUUUGAGCUUAACAAGUGCCACAGCAGGCUUUGUGUUACGGAUGCCAUUCAUGUAAUAAGUAUUCACACUUCUUCGGGUCUCGGAAUAGACAAAUCUAUAAGUGAAGUCGAUUUGUGGUUUAAUGGCGGAAUAAAACAACCAGAUUGUGGUUUGGACGUGAGUUUUAAUUGCUCACAUGGUAGAUCUAUGACAUAUCUAACCGAAAUGUUAAAGUUAGAUAAUUGUGUAUAUCCUGGUGUUCAAAUAGAUUCAUUAUCAUGGGCAAGAAUCAAAAGGCCACCUUAUCCUGAUUCUAAUACAACUAACUGUGUGGUCAUAAAUGACGAUAUUUUCAAUGUCAAGUCAAUCGACAAACUCAGGAAAGGAGAUUACUACGUAUUCGUCCAGAAGAAGCCUUCCUAUUGCACGCAAAAACCUUUUCAUUGCAAAUCACUGAUUGAAACAGCUAAUAAUUGACUUUGAAACGUUUAUUUUAUUGUAUUAUAAACACAUAAGUACUGUUUUAAAUAAGUAUUAAAUUGCACGAUAGCACAGUAUAUGAAA